GCUAGGGAGGGGGCUGAAGAACAAAACAAUGACACUGCUCGGAGGGAUUCAAAUACAGUAACACUUUUAAAAGACUUUUUAAAAGCCGAAUCGCUCGGAUUCACCUCCCGUUUUAAAGCAAAAGAGUCUGCGGACAUCCGAGCUUUUGACAUCGACUGGCUGUUGUUUUUGUUGAUAUGUUGUUGCAGCUCAGUUGACAGACCGGAGGCUAGCUGCUUGUUUGGACGGCUAUGGACUGUUAGGGCUUGCUUGCUUUCUAAUUACAGCUUUUCUUUGGAAACAGUUGAAACUGUCCGUGGAAACUAGCUAGCUGAAAGCUAAGUAUUCCUGUUUGGUUGCCAAAUUGUUCACCGAGUUUGCUGGCUGAGCUGUUGAGGGUCAGUUUGCUAGCUAGCCUGUUGUUAGCAACAACAUUUGCACAUUCAUCUCUUCAGGGAGAGUUCAUUGUCCUGGUCGGUACAAGCUAUCUGUACAGGUUUCUGUAUUAUUUUAUAGUUUUAAUCACUAACACUAGAUUACAUUUUUAUGUAAUGCUGCACCUAAUUGCUAACCUUAAUGCACGAACAAGCUAACUGUUAGUGGUUAAAAAAGAUAGCAGUUGUAACUCAAGGAGACGGCUGUUCAUAUUUCAUUAGCUCACUGUUAGCUGCACUAAAUGACAUUAUUGAAACUGUUGAAAGUGUUUCAGAUUCAUGAAUGCGAAAACUAACUUUUUGAAUUGUACAUAUUAUUGUUGAGACCGUCUUGUUACAGUUAGUAGAUCACCCUGCGUGUUAACAUGCAGCUGUUUUAAGUUUAUUUAGUCAGUAGUCAUUUCAGUUUACCAGUAUUACCAUAGGUUGUGCAUUUGUUGUUAACUGCUAUUGGAAAUAGUUGGUGCUGUUGUCAGAGCUGUUCCAAUAAGCAUUGCUCUGUAUUCAAGUUUACCUUGUAGGAAACGAUGAGUGGGCAUGGCUCAUCUUCAGAAAAGGGAGUUAAUACUAGUCUAAUAUGUCAAGAAAAUUAUGCCUGUGGCGGCUCUGAGGAGGCUGCCUUUGAGUGUGAUGAAUGCAAAAGCCUGCAGUGUGUUCGUUGUGAGAUUGAGCUCCACAGUCAGGAGAGACUGAAGAACCAUGAGCGGGUUCAAAUAGGUCCUGGGCAUGUCCCUUACUGUGACAACUGUAAAGGAGGUAAUGGAGACAAUGGCAAACGCCAUAGGUCUGUGGUCCGCUGCCAGAACUGCAAAGUUAACUUGUGCCAAGACUGUCAGAAACGCACCCACAGUGGAGGCAACAAGAAGAAACACCAGCUCACAUCUUAUCCUCCACCACCUAAACCUGCAGAGGUCAACUCUGUCCAAACAUCUGUUCAGCCCCCUGUUCAAAGAGCCGAUGAGAUCAAAUCUCAGAGAGCAAAACUCCUGGAGAAGGUUUUCAGUUUUCUCUUGGUUGAUGAGAAUGAGGAAAUGCAGAUAAAAGAUGAGGAUUUGUUUAUAAAGAGCCUGGGCUGUGACCCCGGCCAGCUGCUGAAGGUGGUGUCCAUCUUCGGUAACACAGGAGAGGGCAAAUCUCACACCCUGAACCACACAUUCUUCAUGGGGAGAGAAGUAUUCAAGACCUCUCCCACACAAGAGUCGUGUACGGUGGGUGUGUGGGCGGCAUUUGAUCCCAUCCACAAAGUAGUGGUCAUUGAUACAGAGGGGCUGCUUGGGAACAGUUCCAAACAGGGCCAGAGAACCCGUCUCUUGCUCAAGGUGCUCGCCAUCUCAGACCUCAUCAUUUACCGCACCCACGCUGACCGUCUGCACGAUGACCUCUUCAAGUUUCUCGGGGACGCCUCGGAUGCCUACUUGAAGCAUUUCACCAAGGAACUGAAAGCCACGACGGCCCGCUGCGGCCUGGACGUCCCACUGUCCACCCUGGGCCCUGCGGUGGUCAUCUUCCAUGAAACAGUUCACACUAAGUUGCUUGGCUCAGAUAAGUCAUCUGAGUCAGUAGAUCGGCUGCUCUUGGAGCGCUUCAGGAAGCUUUCCCGUUUUCCAGAGGCCUUCAGUUCUGUCCAGUACUGGGGCACCCAGACUCUCACCCCACCUACUGACUUCCGUGGCCUGCAGAAUAAACUGGAGCAGCUCCUGGAUAACAACGCCACCCGUUCCCCACGCACUCCUGUAGUCAUCUUCAAAGCCCUACAGGCACUGAGUGAGCGCUUCAAUGGGGAAAUUGCAGGCGAGCUGGUCGCCCACAGCUGCUUCUUUCCUGAUGAGUACUUCACCUGCUCCAGCCUGUGCCUCAGUUGUGGGUCUGGCUGCAAGAACAGCAUGAACCACUUAGGAGAGGGAGUGUGCCAUGAGGCGAAGCACCGCUGUCGUUAUUCUGCUCAGUAUGAUAAUCGUAUUUACACCUGUAAGGCUUGCUAUGAAGGAGGAAGGGAAGUGAUAGUUGUCCCUAAGACCUCAGCUUCCUCAGACUCUCCAUGGCUGGGCCUUGCCAAAUACGCUUGGUCUGGGUAUGUUAUUGAAUGUCCCAAAUGUGGAGUGAUCUAUCGGAGCCGUCAGUACUGGUAUGGAAACCAGGACCCUGUGGAUACAGUUGUCCGCACUGAGAUCCAGCAUGUAUGGCCAGGGUCAGAUGGCUUUUUAAAGGACAAUAGCAAUGCAGCACAGCGUCUUCUGGAUGGAGUCAACCUAGUGGCCCAGUCUGUGUCAGAGCUCAGUGUCAAACCUGCCAAGGCCGUCACCUCUUGGCUGACAGAUCAGAUCGCCCCAGCCUACUGGAAACCCAACUCCCUCAUCUUAGUGUGCCAUAAGUGUCACACAGUCUUCCAGGACAACGACACCAAGCAUCACUGCCGUGCCUGUGGGGAGGGUUUCUGCGAUGGCUGCUCUUCCAAAGCUGCACCCGUCCCUGAGAGAGGCUGGGGUCUUGCCCCUGUCAGAGUCUGUGACGUCUGCUUCGAACAGAGAUCUUCAUAUGCAGCAGAGCUGCUUGAAGCAGAGCUCGAGGAGGAAGAAGGUGGAAACCUGGCCAGGAAGGUUGGGGAGGCAGUCACCAACACCAUAGGGGUUGUGGUGACUGCUAUUGACAUCCCACUUGGCCUAGUGAAAGACGCGGCCCGUCCUGCCUACUGGGUGCCUGAUCAAAACAUCCUGUCCUGCCACAACUGCCAGCGCGAGUUCACUGCCAAACUGUCCAAGCAUCACUGCCGCGCCUGUGGCCAAGGAGUGUGUGACGACUGCUCCCCAGAGCGUCGGCCGGUUCCGUCCCGGGGCUGGGACCACCCCGUGCGCGUGUGCACCAGCUGCAACCAGAAACCUGGAGAACUUUAACAGGGUCGGCCUUCCUUCCUCAGAGCACCAGAGAGAACCACUCACUCACUCAGCUCGCAGUCUGUCACUGCUUUACCUCUGUUACUCCAAUGGUUCUGUCUUGUAUCUGUGGCAAGGAAGUUUUUAGGCAUAUAAAUAGGACAUUUAGCAGAUUUGGGAUUUCAGAGUUCCUGUGGCCUUUGUAGAACAGCUAGAACAUGUAAGUUACUUGACCGAGUGCGAAACCCGCAUUUCCACUCUGAUUAUUCACAGAGUGAAUAUUUUGAUUCUUCUUGACACAAAUCCCUAAUUUUACGUUAAAUAAGGCUGUUCAGCUAUUUUUGUACUAUCAGAAAAUAUAUUAAAAAAAAGUAUCAUUUAAAGAAUAUUAGAUAGUUGAACACCCCAUGGGGUUGGUGUGAUUAGUUUCCAGCAAUUCUUAUUAUCGAGCAUUGUUUCUCUAAUGUAGUACGUAUAAUGGCAAGGAGAUAUUUUAUAUCCGUGCAGGUGUAUCUGCAGGCUCCACUGCAUGCUGUAUUGCAACAUUUUAGUUUUUGCACUAAGCCUUUUUUCAGCUGUUAUAGGCUGUUGCUUACCAUGGCCAAAACCCAGAUAUCCAGAUGAUCAAGUAGUCUGUCCCAAACUGAGCUGAAAUCUAAGGUCUAGAGUGUGGAUAUCUGGUGUGCCAAAAAUCAUUCAGGUCACUGUGUCUGUGCUGGUAUGAUGUUUAUAUUUUAUCAUGUAAUUUGUGGUUGUAUGAAGACAUAGAAUUAUGUUAGAGGAGUGUACAUUUGAAAUGUUGAAAAUUAUUUAUGUAUUGAAGAAAAAAAAAUACUUAUGAGCACUCUGGCUUGCAUGACAGUCUGAGAGAUCCAUGGCCUUUUACUUGUUCAGAGUCUCUGAAUAAACCUCACGAUUUAUUUUACUGAGCGGCAUUUUACCGUAUACGUGUUAUGAAAUGUAGGUAUUUCAUGUUCAAUGUUCAAUUUGUUUUCUUGACACCUUGAUUUAAUUUUUUUUUUUAUAUUUAUAGUUGAUGUUUGCUUGCUUGUUUUGCAAAACUGAAUAAUAUCCAAAUUUGUCUUCGAACCAGUUUUACAUAUGACACUCAAGCCUCCAGGUGUCCAUAGACAGUCUGACAGUAUAAGGACUCCUUGUUCAGCUCAUCGCAGCUAGUAUUUCCAUUAUUUUACAUCCGUUAUUGAAAGAUAUUGUAUAAUUUUUUUUCUGUUUUUUUGUUUGACAUUAGUUACUGUAUGGAUAUUUAUAUACUUUGUAGUGACCGUAUUUGAACCACACCUUCUCCCCAUUGUUUUUCUUUUUUUGUCUUUCAGCAUUACAACAGUAAAACAGAUGCUCAAAUGUGGCAGUGAUGAAAUACUGAACCAUAUUUAGUGACUGAGAGCUUUAACUUGUCUUGCAUCAUUACUACUUUUGUGUUAUUGAGUAAUGAGACUGUUACAUGUGGAUAUCAUACAAAGCACAAGGUGAUGCCUUUAACAUGUUAUGCUUGUAUUUUAAUGUUGAAAAAAGGGGUCUUUGUCGAUUGUAAGCAUUGUAGAUAAAGUUAAUUCUCCCUUUGCUCCUUAAGUGGAACUUUUUGGUUCUGAUGUCUGAUGUUGUGUCUGCCUUGUCUCAAAAUAGAUUUAUCUGUCUGAAUGUUGCAUCACACACACCCUCCUCUGAGGUGCUAAUAUUGCACAGGACAGAAUAGGAAAUACAUCACGUCAGAUCACUUGUGCUGGACUUCAUUCCCAUACAAAUUUGUGUACUCUGUUGCUUCAGAUAUCAUUUGUGGUUUCCAGUUGGUUAUUUUUUUUUUUAAUUAGGUAGGGUUCUACUACGAGCUCUCCUCACCUACACACUACAAAUCAAGCAGGAAUGAUUGAUGCAUUUUAAACUGUUGGAAACAGUGAUGUGUGGAUACUUGCAAAAAUUGGUGGAAGAUUUGCAUACGAUUAAAGUUGUAUCAGCUUCCGUCUGUCAGAACGUAAUCUGGAAUUGCCUCCAUGUCUUUAGUGUGUGAAUUUGUGUGUUUUAAAUCUCCCAGUGUCAUACCACUCACUGUACUGUAUGUGGGAGGAAUAGAUCGUGUGCACGCCUGUGUAUUAUGAGCCUUGCUUCUACUCCUCUCCAACAAUUCAGCUUCAUAUAAAGUGAGGGAAAAUUAUUUGCCUGG